CUAUCUCUCAUCUCGAUCACACACACACUCUCUCUCUCUCGCUCACACAGUCCUCCCAUGUCACUCACAGCCGCCUUUUCCCGCCUCUCCCUGAUCCGAUUCACACCCAGAACCUCUCCAUCGCCCCCUUACACAAAACCAUUCUUUCUCCCCAGCCCAAAGGCUCCCAAGUUGCGAUAUUUCCGAUUGUUUUCAAUGGCAUCCUCCUCGGACGACAAAGAUUCGCAGUUUAAGAAUCCGGGUCUCCAGGCCGUCCCGGAUGAAGAGACAAGGGGUUACAUCAUGCAACAAACUAUGUUUCGAAUUAAGGACCCGAAAGUCAGUCUUGAUUUCUACUCCCGUGUGCUCGGCAUGUCGCUACUUAAGAGGCUGGACUUUCCAGAAAUGAAGUUUACUUUGUACUUUCUGGGCUAUGUGGAUGUUGCCUCAGCUCCUACUGAGCCAGUUGAUAGAACUGUUUGGACCUUUGGUCAGAAAGCUACAAUUGAGUUGACACAUAAUUGGGGGACUGAAAGUGAUCCAGAAUUCAAAGGAUAUCACAAUGGGAAUUCAGAACCUCGCGGCUUUGGGCACAUUGGGAUUACUGUUGAUGACACAUACAAGGCAUGUGAGCGAUUUGAACAUCUAGGGGUUGAAUUUGUGAAAAGGCCCGACGAUGGAAAGAUGAAAGGUAUAGCAUUCAUUAAGGAUCCAGAUGGUUACUGGAUCGAGAUCUUUGACCUUAAAACUAUAGGCAAAGUCACUCUGGGUGCUUCGUGAGGUUGGACCGGACUUCUAUGGCUAGCCGUGUAACCAAAAUCUAUUUGGUAUUGAUGCAGUUUGACUAAGGUGUUAUAGGCGAGCUUCUCUGUUGCUGUCAUUAAUACUUGAGGGCCUAGUCUAGUAAGUGGACCUUUUUUGCACUUACUGUGUGCUUUGUUAUACUUGCUGCUGGAGAUGAGAGUUCUGUGGCAAGUUAUGUUUGUUUUGUCUACUUAACUGUUGUUCGGUUCAAGCAUUGGUCUCUCUAUUUGUUCAGCAUUGAUAAUCUCUUGUAUGCCUUAUCACACAGAAAUAAACCUCAUCAUAAUAACAUCUCCUAGUCCUAUCCAAAAGAAA